CAUAACAAAUCGAGACCGUUAAUAAACACUCGAACUCUGUCCCUUCCUCUCUCUCUCUCUCUCUCUCUCACCAAAACCCGUCGCCGAUCACGGCGCGAUCUCUCCCCUUUACCUCGCCGAUUCCUUCGAAUUCCGGCGAUUCCCUCCGUCGUCUUUCAAAACCCUAACCUUAACUUCCUUCAAUCGCAUGCUACCUCAGGCGCCAUGCAUCCGAAAACCCUAGAAUCCGCUGCAUGCAUGGCCAAGCCGGAGGUUUGUGGCACCAGGCAAGUUGGGAACUCGGCCUCCAAAUCCGUGAUCGAGACGGUGAACGGGUCCCACCGGUUCACGAUCACCGGGUACUCGCUCGCGAAGGGGAUGGGAUCGGGGAAGUACAUUCCCAGUGACGUCUUCACCGUGGGAGGGUUCGAUUGGGCCAUUUACUUCUACCCCGACGGGAAGAACCCCGAGGACAACUCCGUGUAUGUGUCGGUUUUCAUUGCGCUCGCUAGCGAGGGGUCGGACGUGAGGGCGCUGUUCGAGCUGACCCUGAUCGACCAGAGCGGGAAAGGGAAGCACAAGGUGCACAGCCACUUCGACCGUGCUCUCGAGGGCGGGCCGUACACGCUGAAGUACCGCGGAAGCAUGUGGGGUUACAAGCGCUUUCUUCGGAGAAAUGCAUUAGAGGCUUCUGAUUAUAUAAAGGACGACUGCCUCAUCAUGCAGUGCACAGUUGGAGUUGUUAGAGCUCGUAGGGAGGGACCAAAAUUGUUUUCAAUAUCAGUGCCUCCAUCAGACAUGGGACACAGUCUGAAAGAUCUAUUAGAAUCUGAAAUUGGUUGCGACAUAGUUUUCCAGGUCGGCGAUGAAACUUUUAAAGCUCAUAAGUUGGUGCUGGCCGCUCGUUCCCUUGUAUUUAAAGCUCAGUUUUUUGGACUUGUUGGCGACCGUAAUAUCAGCAAGACAGUUGUGGAGGACAUUGAGCCCUCCAUCUUUAAGGCAAUGCUCCUGUUCAUAUAUACGGACACACUCCCUAAUGUGAGUGAUAUUAUGGACAACCCGUCUUUGUGUACAUCAACUAUCAUGAUUCAGCAUCUACUGGCUGCCGCUGAUCGCUAUGAUCUCAAGCGACUGAGACUACUAUGCCAGUCAAAACUGAGCGAGGAGAUCAACCCCAGUACAGUGGCAACAACACUUGCCUUAGCCGACCAGCACCAAUGCCAAGAAUUGAAAGCGAUAUGUUUGAAGUUCAUUGCGAAUCCAGAAAAUCUGAGAGUGGUAAUGCAGACAGAGGGCUAUAAGCAUUUGGAGGAGAGCUGUCCCUCUUUGCUGUCAGAUGUUCUCAGGACAUAUGCCUCGGGCGAUGAGAACUCAGGGCCUGUCUCAGGCAAGAAGAGGAGUGCCAGCAGCAUAUUUGGGCAAGACCCAGAUCAUGAUCGGAACCCAACUGAGUCAGUGAAUCUUGAUGGAAGGCGCCAAAGGAGGCGGGUUUAGUGGAUCCAAAUCAUCCCUUGCUUGCCAUAAGCUUAGAAAUGAGAGUCCCUUUGUUCUUCGAGCAGUAUCAAUGGUAAUCGAAACUGAUCGUGGCUGGCCUGCUCCACUCUAGUCGUGAACUCUCUUGGAAUGGGUGAUUUUCUCAGUCUCACCCUGGUUGUUGGAGGGAAAUUGCGAUAUGACUAAGAGAUGAGGUGACUGGGGUUUCUCAUUUUGCUCUAAAUUUAUAUACAGAAUUGGUUGAUCGCCAUUAGAUUGUAAUUACAGAAAAUUAAGAUCUUUGGUUUCAUCCGGACGUUGUAGUUAGAAUUUUAUAAACCCGUGCUUUUCGUCAAA